CUUUAGAGGGAGCUCAUCCCCCGACUUACCCGGCGUCCCUUGAAGCCUGGGGAACAGUUUAUUUCUUUGGAAUAUUGUGAAUGAGGACCAGCAACAGGAACAAAUGUGAAUUAAUGGCUUGAGGGUUGCCAGUCUCCAGGUGGUGGCUGGAGAUCUCCCGGAAUUACAACUCAUCUCCAGGCAACAGAGCUCAGUUCCCCUGGAGAAAAUGGCUGCCUUGGAAGCCUAAGUACAUUAUCAUCAAAUGGAGGAAAAGUGGUCUUCCACAGAAACUUGUGGUGAUGAUAACCUUCAGAAUGAGCAAAAAAAAGAGAAGAGUGGUUCUACUUCUGCCUCCUUGAGAUGUAUCAGCAAGUCUGUUGAGGACUUGUCUAAUUCUUCAGUCUCUCUGGAUUUGAGCAGAAAGGAUCUGCAGCAUCUAACUAACGAUAUAUAUAAUUUACUAAACCUGAAACAUCUGCAUCUGGAAGGAAAUGCCCUGUCGGUGAUUCCUGAGGAUUUUUUUCAGCACGUGCCAAAUCUUAUUUGGCUGGAUCUGCGGUAUAACAGAAUUAAAGAGCUUCCCCCUGGAAUUGGAUGCCACAAGCAACUGAAAACUCUGCUAUUAGAAGGAAAUCCUAUUAAAAGACUGCCUGUUGAGUUUGGUGACUUAACUUCACUUACAGCCUUGAAUCUCAGACAUUGUCCUCUGGAGUAUCCACCUCCUGAAGUUGUACAGAAGGGCCUCCCAGUUAUUUUAUGCUUCCUUCGAAAGUACAGUAAGCAGAAUCUUGAUGACUCGGAUCCUGUUACUCCAGAAAUGCCUCCCAUUGAAAAGUUAAACUUGACAGACCUCAUGAAAUCAAGUAUGGAUUUGUCAGAUGGAUGGCCUAAUGAGGAGGAAAUGAUACGAUUUCAGAAGCUGAGGGAAGAAAUGAUACAAGAUGAAAGAGAAGAGUAUCUGGCUGAUCAAAAGUUAUCCAAUGAAUCUAUGGCUUCCAUGUUCUCAAGGAAGCCCAAGGCAAAACAAAGCCUCUCUCGCAAAUGGUCUGUUGCAUCAUCCAGGGGCAAGAAGAAUCUGUUUCCUGCAAUUUCAUCCUAUGAUCUGCUAGUUCAGACUAAGAGGGCUGAAGAGGGUCGAUUGGCAGCACUCAAAGAAAUGAAGGAGAAACAAGCUUUAAUUGAACAGCGGAGAAAAGAUAAAGAAGUGCUUCAGAAAUGGAGGAGACAGGCCAAGUUGAUGAGAGAGAGGAUGGAAGUACUAUAUACUUCUCCAUCAGAAAAAGGAGACACGGUUUCACAGAAUGCACCUUAUGCUACUGAUGACAAUAGCCAUUAUCACAGCAAGCUAGAAGGCUGGGAAGUGCUGAACAAACAAGAAGAUCCAAUUGAGAUGCUAAAUAUGAGUGCAAUGAAAACCCUUGAGGAUGCGAGGGCUGCCAAAUACAGAGAAGUGGAAAACCGUAUCAGGCAGCACACACAGAUAAUGAAAGAAAGAAGGAAAAAAUUAACUGGAAUACCCCAUGAGGAUAUGGAAAGAGCAAAGCAAGACUUGAAAAUCGCUGAAGACCUAGAAGCAGAGGUAGCUGACAUGAAAAAGGACCUUCACCCAGAAUAUCGGUUCACAGCCUUUACUGGAGAAUUGCCAGCAUCACCAGAUAAUUCAUUAUCGGUUACAAAUCCUCAAAAUAUCUUUUUCAACAUGACAUUUUAAUUAUAUAAAGGAGUACUUCUCAUGAAACAACCACCUGCAGUUGGAUCUGUUUCUAACUAGGCUUCAUAAAAUUGUCCUUUUCUCUUUUAAUUUUGUUUGUAUUUAAUAACAUAGAAAUAAUUAGAGUGACACCUUUUUCACUCUUAACUUCUCCCCAGUUUGAAUAUAGACAUAUCUACAAGGUUUUGAAGUGCCUUUAGUCAUUACCCAUUGAUUUUCAUGCUGAACAAUUUAGGUCUUCAUAGAACUUCACCAUGCAGCCCUAGGUAAUACGUUGCAAGUAGAAAUCCUAUAAGGAGACUCCUAGUUGAAGGAGAAAUAUUAAACCAAAAAUUAUACAGUUCUGUUGUGGUGAUUUUCUGUAAUGCAUGAAAAAACAGUUAAUGUCUUUCUAAAUGAAUUUUUAUUAUUUGUCUUUGCUGUUGCAGAUGAGCAGAAUAAUGGGGCUACCAAAAGAAACUUUUAUUCCAUUCAUACAUACGCAGCUUGUGCAUUGCAGAGGACCUUUUAUGGCAGAAAAUAAUCUUGAAGUGCCUGGAAUGAAACUUUGCCUGAGGGUAAAAGUUCCUAUCUUGGCAUUUCUAAUUGGUUGUACGUAAGUAUUGCACUAGCCUACAAAUGACCGUUGCCUUUUGAAGAGAACCAUUCUAUGGUUUGGCGACUCUUAAGCCUUUAUAUGUAAAACCACCAUUAUUAGUCUGGUCUCAUAUAUAAGGCCCAAGUUUUUUAAAACAGGUUUUGUUUUUGAACUGAGGUGCUAAAAAAGAAAUUUAGCUUGCGUCUUCCUGCCAUCUUUAAUAAAUAGUAGUCAUGACUAAUGAAAUGAAUUGAAUACAUGUUAAUUUCUCAGAUCCUUUGAGGCCAAUUUUGAAUUUCUAAACAACUAUAAACUCACAAAUAAACUACACAUUUGGUGGACAUGCACAUUUUUGAAUUAUUAUUAAAUGCAAAAUAAUGUGACGAACCAUUGUUUUACAGAGUCUUCUCCCUGGUUUAAAUAUAGAGAGCUGUCCAGAACAGCGUUCAGUACCAUACUAUUCUUCUGGACUACCUAGCUAGACUAGGCCUGGAUUGCAGAAGGUGGGACUUCUCCUUAGCACCAUGGCCAUUAGUGUAUGGGGACGACACUAAUUUUUGCAGAUCAUUCUUGUAAAAAAAAUUGUUCAAGAAUGAUUUUUUUAAAAAUUCAAAGGCUUAGAACUAUAAAACAAUGAGUCAUUACUCAUUAAAACAAAGGAAUUUUGUAGGUUAUUGCAAUACCUAUUUAAAUGCAUUAGACAUUCAAAAGUGGACUCAAUAUCAAGAUAUUGGUGGUUAUUAUUUUCAUUAUUCAUUUUAAAAGAUGGCUGCCAAAUGCCAAGAUUAGAAAAGUGACCCAACCCAUGAAAAUUUUCAUCCUAGACACUUCAAAAUUAUUUCCAGUAAUAAAAUGGUGCCCUAAAAAUGCGUAGGCUUAAUGUAUAUGGCUAGACUAUUUUGCAGAAGAAAAGCUAUUGUGUAUUAGUGAGUGGAAGGUAAAUGAGGUUGGCAUUCAACCUAGCCCUAUGAAGGAAUGAACAAAACUGAUUUGUAGAUAUUGAAGAGUAUAUCAUAUGCUUUGUCUAGAAGAUACCCUUAACAUUUUAUAAAUCAUCAUAACAAUAUGGGUCUGAUUUUUAGUUAAAAGCUUUCCUCAGUAGAUUAGUUCACAGUUUUUGGUUUGUCCUUGGAAACUUCAGAAAAUCUUGAGUUUUUGUGUCAGCACCAUUUUUCAAGGUUUCUGUGAUUAUGGAAAAGUUGAGGUUGAUAGAAAACAACAAGUUAUUCUUGAGAAGACAUGGCUAUAAAAUAUAUUUUAUCUAAAAAUUAUUAGCUCAAUGCAAUAUUUCACAUUUAAUAUGGAGAAGAAACAAACAUAACU